GCUUAAACUUUAGGAGGUCGUAUAGGGAAAGUGCAAGAGAAGUGGAAAGUGUCUGACGCCAAAACCGUUCAGAGAAAGGGAGAAGUAGCCAACCAUUCGGUGUAGCUUUUAAGAUUUGCAAAAGCACUUUGAUUCUUGUCCCCAAACUACUCCAGAGUCCGAGCUAUUACCGUUAAUCCCGUUUUAUGGAUGGAGACUGAGGCGUAGCUUAAGCAGUUACCCAGGUUCAAAUAGCUGGUGUUUUAAGCUGCAUUUGAACCCAAUUCUCUCUUGACUUUAUGGAGAAAUAGAUGAAUGUUGGAGACGUUGCAAUAUGGUGAUGGGUGCCAAAACAAGUCUACCAUUUACUAUCCGGUUGGUUUUACUUGUAUCACAUUUCCUUGGGCAUUCACUUUCUUCAUCGUUGGAAGAAUGAAAACAAGUCUUAACAUAUGUUUGAAGAGGUCUUUGACUUCUUUCUCCUUCCUAUUAGUUGGCAUCAUCUCCUAUCCAUUUGCAGACACCUUAAUUCGAGACUGUCACAUCUUCCAUGGAUUAUAGUAAUAGCUUCCUCAUUUUAGAGAAGCAUUUAUUAAGUGCUUCAUAUGUACAAGGGACCACGCUUAAUGCAAGGAUGUCCCUGUUCUCAUGGAAUUCAUAUUCCAAUGGAAGAGACAGAUCUACAAGAGGUGUAGGCAUUACAUUGUACACAAUGUACACACAGUCCAGAAAGGAAAACAGUGGACGGAAGGAGGCUUACUGAAAAACCAAACAGAUUUUGUCUCUCCAAAAGGUCAUAAGGAGCCACUGGAAUUUAUAAGGCUGUCUUAACAUUGUCAGACCUGAACUUGAGGAAUAUCUGUCUCCAUAGCAAGUGAAGGAUGAACUUCCUACCUUUAGACUCAGCAGAGGUGAUUCAGUCCCGUGUGAAUGACCAAGAAGGACGAGAGGAAUUCUAUGUGCAUUAUGUGGGCUUUAAUCGUCGUCUGGAUGAAUGGGUUGACAAGAACCGACUGGCCUUGACCAAGACAGUGAAAGAAGCUGUUCAAAAGAACUCUGAGAAGUACCUAAGUGAGCUGGCAGAGCAGCCUGAGCGCAAGAUCACCCGCAACCAGAAACGCAAGCAUGAUGAAAUCAACCAUGUGCAAAAGACCUAUGCAGAAAUGGAUCCCACAACAGCAGCACUAGAAAAGGAACAUGAAGCAAUUACUAAAGUGAAGUAUGUGGAUAAGAUUCAUAUUGGAAACUAUGAGAUUGAUGCCUGGUACUUCUCCCCAUUCCCAGAAGAUUAUGGGAAACAGCCCAAACUUUGGCUUUGUGAAUACUGCCUGAAGUACAUGAAGUUUGAGAAGAGCUACCGUUUCCAUUUGGGGCAGUGUCAAUGGAGACAGCCACCUGGCAAGGAAAUUUAUCGAAAGAACAACAUCUCCGUGUAUGAAGUGGAUGGCAAAGACCACAAGAUUUAUUGCCAGAACCUGUGUCUAUUGGCCAAGCUUUUCCUGGACCACAAGACCCUGUACUUUGAUGUGGAACCAUUUGUCUUCUACAUCUUGACUGAAGUGGACAGACAGGGAGCCCACAUUGUGGGCUACUUCUCUAAGUUCUCUACCCGCCUGCUCCUGAAGGAGAAGGAGUCCCCAGAUGGGAAUAAUGUGGCCUGUAUCCUGACCCUCCCCCCAUAUCAGCGGCGAGGUUAUGGCAAGUUCCUCAUUGCCUUCAGUUACGAACUGUCGAAGUUAGAGAGUACAGUGGGUUCUCCAGAGAAGCCACUGUCAGACCUGGGGAAGCUGAGCUAUCGUAGUUAUUGGUCCUGGGUCUUGCUGGAGAUCCUGAGGGACUUCCGAGGCACACUGUCAAUCAAAGAUCUCAGCCAGAUGACCAGCAUCACUCAAAAUGACAUCAUCAGCACUCUGCAGUCACUCAAUAUGGUCAAGUACUGGAAAGGGCAGCAUGUCAUCUGUGUCACCCCCAAGCUAGUAGAAGAGCAUCUCAAGAGCGCCCAGUACAAGAAGCCCCCCAUAACAGUGGACUCAGUUUGUCUCAAGUGGGCACCACCCAAGCAUAAGCAAGUAAAGUUGUCUAAGAAGUGAGUGGUACUGAAACCAAUUCCCCUGCACCUCCCUGCAUCUCUUCCCACUGGCAGUCUAUAGACCUGUGAGAGGUGCCUCUUUUCCCUGUCUGUAAAUAUGUAUAGACUUGUAUGCCCACCUUCAAGCCCUAAAAUAUUUUUUUAAUAAAGAGACUUUAGCUCAUCA